AUGGAAAAAAAUAAAACGACAAUCACAAACUUAAAGGUACCAGAGGGUAUUACUGGAGACACAGCACGAGAAAGAACUAAGACAUUUACCUAUGAUUUUUCCUAUUUCUCAGCAGACAGUAAAAGUCCCAGCUUUGUUUGUCAAGAAAUGGUUUUCAAAAAUCUUGGUACAGAUGUGCUUAAAUCUGCUUUUGAAGGUUACAAUGCUUGUAUUUUUGCGUAUGGACAGACUGGAUCUGGGAAGUCCUACACCAUGAUGGGAAAUGCGGGUGAUGCAGGUUUAAUACCUCGAAUUUGUGAAGGAUUAUUCAGCAAAAUAAGCGAAAAAACAAAGCGGAAUGAGGCAUCCUUUCGAACAGAAGUCAGUUAUCUGGAAAUUUAUAAUGAACGUGUGAGAGAUCUUCUCAGACGGAAGUCAUCAAAAACUAACAAUUUACGAAUACGAGAACAUCCAAAAGAAGGACCAUAUGUUGAGGAUUUGUCUAAACAUUUAGUGCAAAAUUAUACUGAUGUAGAGGAACUUAUGGAUGCAGGAAAUAUAAAUAGAACAACAGCUGCAACUGGAAUGAAUGAUGUCAGUAGCAGGUCACAUGCCAUUUUCACGAUCAACUUCACUCAGGCUAAAUUUGAUUCUGAAAUGCCUUGUGAAACUGUUAGCAAGAUUCAUUUGGUAGAUCUUGCUGGAAGUGAGAGAGCAGAUGCCACCGGUGCCACAGGGGUUAGAUUAAAGGAAGGAGGGAAUAUUAACAAAUCUUUGGUUACUUUGGGAAAUGUAAUUUCUGCCUUAGCUGAUUUAUCUCAGGAUGCAUCAAAUUCACUUUCAAAGAAGAAACAAGUAUUUGUGCCUUACAGGGACUCUGUGUUGACUUGGCUGUUAAAAGAUAGCCUAGGAGGAAACUCUAAAACUAUAAUGAUUGCCACUAUUUCACCUGCUGAUGUCAAUUAUGGAGAAACUUUAAGUACACUUCGCUAUGCAAAUAGAGCCAAAAACAUCAUCAACAAGCCUACUAUUAAUGAGGAUCCUAACGUCAAACUGAUCCGUGAGCUGAGAGCUGAAAUAGCCCGAUUAAAAGCCCUGCUUGCUCAAGGGAAUCAGAUUGCACUCUUGGAUUCUCCAACAGCUUUAAGCAUGGAAGAAAAGCUUCAGCAGAAUGAAGCAAGGGUACAAGAACUGACCAAAGAGUGGACAAACAAGUGGAAUGAAACUCAAGAUAUUCUGAAAGAACAAACUUUGGCUCUGAGGAAAGAAGGAAUAGGUGUUGUGUUAGAUUCUGAACUGCCUCAUCUCAUUGGCAUUGAUGAUGAUCUGCUCAGUACUGGUAUCAUCUUAUACCACUUGAAGGAGGGCCAAACAUAUGUUGGUAGAGAAGAUGCUGUGACGGAACAGGAUAUUGUUCUUCAUGGCCUUGAUUUGGAAAGUGAGCAUUGCAUCUUUGAAAAUCUCAAUGGUACUGUGAAUCUAAUACCACUGAAUGGAGCGCAGUGUUCUGUGAAUGGUAUUCAGAUUACAGAGGCCACACACCUAAACCAAGGUGCUGUUAUAUUACUCGGAAGAACCAAUAUGUUUCGCUUUAACCACCCCAAAGAAGCUGCUAAGCUAAGGGAGAAAAGAAAGAGUGGACUGCUGUCUUCCUUCAGCUUGUCUAUGACAGAUCUUUCAAAAUCCUGUGAGAACCUGUCAGCAGUUAUGCUUUAUAAUCCAGGUCUUUUCCCUGUAAAAGGACCGAUCUGUCUAAGGCUAGAAUUUGAGAGACAACAACGAGAGGAGCUUGAAAAAUUAGAAAGUAAAAGGAAACAAAUAGAAGAGAUGGAAGAAAAACAAAGAUCUGAUAAAGCAGAACUUGUAAGAAUGCAGCAAGAAGUAGAGUCACAGCGCAAAGAAACAGAAAUAGUACAGCUGCAAAUUCGAAAACAGGAAGAGAGUCUGAAACAGAGAAGCGUUCACAUUGAGAGCAGGUUAAAGGAUUUGCUGGCUGAAAAAGAAAAAUUUGAAGAGGAGAGAUUACGGGAACAACAGGAGAUAGAGAUUCAGAAGAAAAAGCAGCAGGAAGAAAUUUUUGCCCGGGUCAAAGAGGAGUUGCAGCGACUACAAGAACUUAAUCAUAACGAAAAAGCAGAAAAAAUGCAGAUUUUCCGUGAACUAGAGAAACUUAAAAAGGAAAAAGAUGAACAGUUUAUUAAGCUGGAAUCAGAAAAAAGGAGACUUGAAGAACAAGAAAGGGAGCAGAUGGUGCUGGUGGCUCAUCUAGAAGAACAGCUUCGAGAGAAGCAGGUCAUGAUAGAGCUCCUGAAGAGAGGGGAUGUACAAAGAGUUGAAGAAGAGAAAAGUGAUCUUGAAGAUAUUAGAGAAUCUCUUUUGAAAGUCAAGGAAGCCCGAUCUGAAGGUGAUGAAAACUGCGAAGAGUUAGAAAGAGCACAACAUGAUUUCGUAGAAUUUAAAAGGAAACAACUGGAACAGUUGACUAUUUUGGAAAAAGAUUUAGUUCAACAAAUGGAUCACCUUGAAAAGGAAAUUGCAGAUGAAAAAAUUGCUCUGGAACACCUAAAAUUUGCACAUGAAGAACAUUUAAAUCUCAAGAGAGAUGAUGAAAACUUUUUGGAUGCUGUACUCCAGGCUGAAGAAUUUGACAAGUUAAAGCCAGCGGAGUACAGGCUCCAAUCUAAAGUGCGCCAACUUGAGUACCUGAAGGGUAAUCAUUUGCCAGCUCUGCUGGAAGAAAAACAAAGAGCUUCUGAAAUUCUUGAUAGGGGUUUACUAGGGUUAGAUAAUAUGCUCUAUCAAAUAGAGAAAGAAAUAGAGGAGAAAGAAGAGCAGCUUGCCCAGUAUAGAGCUAGCACAAAUCAGCUGCAGCAGCUUCAAGAAACCUUUGAAUUCGCAGCCAAUGUAGCUCGUCAGGAAGAAAAGGUUCGGAAAAAGGAAAAAGAAAUCCUUGAAUCAAGGGAAAAACAGCAGAGAGAGGCACUGGAGCAAGCUGUUGCUAAGUUAGAAAGGAGACACUCUGCUUUGCAACGUCGUUCGACAAUAGAUUUUGAAAUUGAAGAGCAGAAACAGAAGCUUGCCACCUUGAACAACAGCUGCAGUGAACAGGCAGGUCUGCAGGCUAGUCUAGAAGCUGAGCAGAAAGCCCUCGAACAAGACCGAGAACGCCUGGACCAGGAAAUUCAGCAGCUGAAGCAAAAAAUAUACGAGGGUGAUGGUGGUCAGAAAGGAAAUCAUGGAACGUUAGAAGAGAGACUCUCCCACACCACUUCCCCUACCAGCCCAACAAAGCCGCAGCCUCCCACUGCUCCGCUAGUUGAUGAUAGAAUAAAUGCCUUUAUUGAACAAGAGGUGCAGAGAAGGCUCCAGAAUAUUCAUCAUAAAGCAGAGGACAAUGAUGUUAGCCUGUCCUGGUCUACAGAAAGUUUAAAGGAUAAUGAGAGGCUUAAUAAUGGCACUAUUCAACGCAGGCUGAAGUAUGAGCGGAUGGUCUGUCGUUCACUGGGAGCAAAUCCAGAUGACCUAAAGGACCCAAUUAAAAUUAGUAUUCCACGCUAUGUCCUAUGUGGGCAGGGAAAGGAUGAACACUAUGAGUUUGAAAUAAAGAUAACAGUCCUGGAUGAGACAUGGACAGUAUUCAGGCGGUACAGUCGUUUUCGAGAAAUGCAUAAGACUUUAAAACUGAAAUACCCAGAGCUUGCCACUUUAGAAUUCCCUCCGAAGAAGCUCUUUGGAAACAAGGAUGAACGAGUGAUUGCAGAACGACGGAGUCACUUAGAGAAAUACCUCAGGAGCUUUUUCUCUGCAAUGCUGAAAUCUCCAUCGUCUCCGCUGCACAUUGAUAAAGUGAGGCUAACCCUGUCAAAACACACCAUCUGCGAAUUCUCACCCUUCUUCAGGAAAGGCGUUUUUGACUAUAGCAGCCAUGGGACCAGUUAA